UGGCGCGCAGCCUUCUCAUCCAUCGACAUUGAGUUCACUCAAUGGGUCAGUCCUCCGUAUCAGUAUUCCGUGGGCAACCUAUCCCGCCCUCCUCCAUUUGGAGAUUGAGGCUCCGCAGCCUAAGCUCGCGAGUAGCAGAUGCUGCGCACUCUUGAAACCGGUGCUUGUCGGCCGCAGCUCUGUCCAGACAGAGCAAGUGGUAUCGGGCUCAUCAUCCCCCCGGCGGUUGCGACAGGUCUGCUGCCUGCAGUCCGACAGGCAAGCUGGCCGUAGCUCCAGACACACACGAGCUCUGCCAGUCGUGUAGCUACAGCGCUUUUUUGCAGCCUCUCGGAUGGCAGUUGACGAGGUCAAGUACCCGCCCGGGUUCGGCUCGGCAGAUGUCGUGUCUUACGGCAUAUCGGGCCUCGUCGUCCUCGACAAGGACUCGCAAACUGUCAUCAAGACGCCGCUUUUCGACGACUGCGAGUUGUCCCUCUCUCGGGAACGUGACAUCUACGAACGGCUCACAGAGCGGGGCGGCCAUCAAGGGCUUCUCCGUUACUACGGCACUGUCGGCGCGGGUAUCCGAUUGGAGUAUGCGCCGAACGGUGAUAUCCGGACAUGGUAUGCCCGAGGAAAGGAGCCCGGUACAACGGUUGAGCAGCGUCGAGAAUGGGCCAUCCAGAUUGCGGAGGCUCUUGGGUUCGUUCAUUCUGCCGGAGUCAUUCAUGGCGAUCUGAUAUGUCGCAAUAUCUUUCUCGACAAGGACCUCCGCGCCAAGGUCGCAGACUUCGCCGGCUCCUCGCUGGACGGUGCUGAACUUGACACGCUAUAGCGAGCUGCAAGGUGUGGAUACAACGGUGGGAUCGUAGCAGAGCAUCGGAAUGCAAAGAGAGUGCGUUGUUCUAGUACAAAGGAAAGCUAAGGACUGAACAGAGCGUGGUAUAUAUAUAUCUAGGAGUGGGGAAACUAUGGCCAGUGCGCUCUACCAAGCUCUAGGCCCUUUACCUCUAACGUGACAUACCCCCUAGUUGUUUAAUAGAGCGCCUAAGUAUAUAUAGUUGAA